AUGUGCCGAAUUGCAUCCCUCCUUCUUCUAUUAUGGUCUCUUCUGCCCCUCAUCACACUCGCGGGGCCCUCUGAGUCGGUCGACGCGUAUAUCCCCGCCUCUCACAAGAAACUAUUCUCUGACUACAACGUUGUAAUUUUCGGAGACGUAGCCCUGGCUCGCGCUGCCAUCAAGGGUCCUCUUGCUGUCCAGGGCAGUGCCGAGCUUGCCGAUUUCGACGUUGCCGGCAAUGGAAAUUGUGACAAGGAUGCUCGAGCGCUAGUCGUCGCUGGCAAGCUUACCGCCCGCAUGGGCGCCGUCAAUAGCGGGUAUACUGUGGUUGGGAGUCGUAGCCGAAUUGAUCACAGCGUCAAGAUGACGUGCACUAGUCGCGUGGAGCAGUACGAUCCGCAGCGAAACGGCGAUAUUGAGUUUGAUGUGUUGCGCGGAAAUGUGCUUAGAGAGACCGGCGAUAUGUGUGUGACCUCUCCAACAGGAGAGGUGGAAAGUGAAAACGGGACGAUGACGUUUCGUCCGGGGGAUCCGGGCUUCUCUUGUUAUACUUUUUUCAAAGUGCGGACCGAUGAGCUGCGACUUAUCACGAAAUGGGUUUAUGCAGGGGAUGAUUUCUAUAGAAAUAUUGUCAUCGUUGUCUCAGGGCUCAAGGUGGAUUUUCGCGACUUCGGCAUGGAGGGAUUUAAUGCUAGACGCACCUUGAUUGUCUUUUGUGCCGUCUAUGGAUCGUUUGGUUUGUACAACGCGAAAUUACACGCUUCGCUCUUGGCCCCCACGGCAUCGUUUACUACUAGUAACGCUAUCAUUAACGGCUCAGUUGUUGCGGGCAAUCUGCGCGGUUCUCUGGCCACACUACAUACAAACUACGUCACUUGUUAACUGUGUAACAAUAACGGUCACUAAAAAUUCAAGAUGUAUAGAGCUAGGUUGACA